CUAUUCAAAGCAAUCCCCAGUUGUCUUGUAAGGGAUUUCCGGCAAGAAGGAUCGCGAUCGGAAAUGCGCAGCAUGCGCAUAGGUUGAAUUCCUCGCAGGGAGAAUUGCAUACAUGCACACGCAUGAUGAAGAUUGGCGCCAGCUGACUCUGAUUGCUCUCCUGAUACUGGUUCCUGACUGCGGCUCUGCUCCUGACCCUUGGCUUUUCCUUCAGAUUCUGUAUCGUGCUGCCCGACUGUUGAUGACCCUGGCUAAUCCAUGACACUGCUCCUGUCUCUUGUCAUCAAUACCUGCCUUGCUCUGGUGCAUGCCUGG